AUGAAGCUGCAAGAACGAAGGAAGCAUGAGGAGGAAAAUGCUUCCGGUCACUUGAUGCUCCUUUUUCAGACCGUAAUGCAGCUCUUCUCGAUGGUUGGUAGGACCAUGCGGGAAUCUGGACACGUGUCAAUGAAUGGCGUAAAUCUACCAAAACAGAAAGAUUUGGAACGCUAUGCUAAACAAGUUGAGAAUACACUGAAAGAAAAUGAAGAACUCAAAUCAAAACUGGUUCAACAAGAAGAAAGAAUAAGGCAACUGGAAAGUUCUAGACAGAAUAGCUCAAACUCAGCAUCAGCAUUUGAUUCAACGCUCGCCAAAGAGCUUUUACAGAGGUUAACUACAGAAGAAGGAAAGACGGCCAAUCUCGAGCUUUUGCCCGUUGAAGCAAACAGAUUAAAUGAAGAACUUCAGAGAAAGGUGUCUACCGUAGCCAGGCAACAGGAGUCUUCGAAUGGAACAACUGAUCGGCUACAAAGACAGUUCGAGUCCAUGAGUCACUCACUAGCACUUCGUAAUGUUAUGCUGACAGAUUUGGACGAAUAUGUGAGGCAGCAGGAAGUCUCCAGUCACGAUGGAAUUUUGCUUUGGAAAAUCACCGAGUUCGCUAAAAAACGGCAAGACGCCGUCUCCGGGCAUCAGACGUCAUUUUAUAGCCCGUGCUUCUUUACGAGUCGCUAUGGAUACAAGAUGUGCGCGCGCAUCUACUUGAAUGGUGAUGGUAUUGGAAAAGGGACACACAUCUCGGUAUUCUUUGUUGUCAUGCGUGGUGAGUACGAUGCGUUACUCCGCUGGCCAUUCAGACAGAAGGUUACGUUCAUGCUGCUGGAUCAGAAUAACGUAGAACACGUGAUCGACUCCUUCAGACCUGACCCAAACAGCUCAUCCUUCCAGAGACCAAGAAGAGAAACAAACAUCGCUAGUGGGUGCCCUACAUUCUGUCCCUUGUCGGAGUUAAACGAUCAUGCCUACGUCCGAGACGAUACUAUGUUUCUGAAGGUCAUAGUCGAUACGACGGAUUUAUAA